UAUAAAAGGCUUGUGUGAAAAUGUCCUGUCUGUAAGUCGGAGAAGAAUACAGAAUAAACUGCUGAAGAUGGAUUACUUUGUUUUGUUGGCUGUUUUGGUUGCAGUAAUUGUGCCCGAAGUGCUUUCAAGGUCACAACCAUUGAUUCCUAGUGUUUGUCGACCAUGCCAAAAUGGUGCAUGUUCAGGCUGUGGAGACUACAGAGGUAACUGCUUGCCUAAUGGUUGUAGUUAUAAAGACGAAUGUAAAAAAUCCGGUGACGAAUGGACAGACGAUUGUAUUCGUAUGGCUUGUAGCGGCUAUUCUACUAAAGUUGUGGAAGCAAAAUGUAUGAACCCUGAUGGAAGCUGUGUAGGCGAUAUGGAAGACAUGCUUGGUACAUUAUGUGCAUGUUUUGUCAUGAAGUCCCCAUUAGGAGACCAGGCUAUUGUUGUUUGUUCGUGAAAUAGAAAAUAAAUCAUCCAAACAAACACUA